CAGUUGGCACAUAAUUCCCUCCCACUCCUCCCAUCUGACAGAGAGAGAUUACUUGUGACUGUCUCUGUCCAGCUUGAUAAGACCAUUUGACAUGGCAGCGGAAUUUCCCUUUUUGUACAGUGAUAAUAUGCUCAGAUCAGGCUGAAAGACCCAUGAACUGUGGCACCUGAAGACAGAGACUAAUCUAUGGACUAAAGGCCAUGUAGCUUCAGUGGAGGCUGCUGAGGGGAGGACAGCUGAAGACAGAGACUAAUCUAUGGACUAAAGGCCAUGUAGCCUCAGUGGAGGCUGCUGAGGGGAGGACAGCUGAAGACAGAGACUAAUCUAUGGACUAAAGGCCAUGUAGCCUCAGUGGAGGCUGCUGAGGGGAGGACAGCUGAAGACAGAGACUAAUCUAUGGACUAAAGGCCAUGUAGCUUCAGUGGAGGCUGCUGAGGGGAGGACAGCUGAAGACAGAGACUAAUCUAUGGACUAAAGGCCAUGUAGCCUCAGUGGAGGCUGCUGAGGGGAGGACAGCUGAAGACAGAGACUAAUCUAUGGACUAAAGGCCAUGUAGCCUCAGUGGAGGCUGCUGAGGGGAGGACAGCUGAAGACAGAGACUAAUCUAUGGACUAAAGGCCAUGUAGCCUCAGUGGAGGCUGCUGAGGGGAGGACAGCUGAAGACAGAGACUAAUCUAUGGACUAAAGGCCAUGUAGCCUCAGUGGAGGCUGCUGAGGGGAGGACAGCUGAAGACAGAGACUAAUCUAUGGACUAAAGGCCAUGUAGCCUCAGUGGAGGCUGCUGAGGGGAGGACAGAUCAUAAUAAUGGCUGGAAUGGAGCAAACGGAAUGGCAUCAAACACAUGGAAACCAUGGAAACCGUGGAAACCAUGAACACCAUGGAAACCAUGAACACCAUGGAAACCAUGAACACCAUGGAAACCAUGAACACCAUGGAAACCAUGGACACCAUGAACACCAUGGAAACCAUGAACACCAUGGAAACCAUGAACACCAUGGUGUUGAUGUAUUUGCUAACAUUCCAACUAUUCCGCUCCAGCCAUUACCACGAGCCCGUUCUCCCCAAUUAAGGUGCCACAAACCAACCUCAUGUGAUAGGAAUGUAGCUUAGAAGGAAAUGAUAUAAUCCAUACCAGAGGAUAAUGACCUAGCAUUCAGUCAGCUCUGCAGUAGCUCCACAUCCACAUCCAAGACCAUGUUUACUCACGAUCCAGGUUGGACACACAUUGAGUGAUUAGUUAUGUAACCUCACUGAAGGGGAUAAAUGUAAACAUUGUCCAGUUGUUUUUACUAUACUGUGAUCCUAUGUGGAAAGUGGAAUGGUCUAGAGGACGUGUCAAACACACCCCAAGGUGGGCCGAGUGUUGGCAGUGUUUACGCUGCUCCCUUGUACUUGAUCAAUGAAUUAAGGCCACUAAUGAGUAAAUAACUCCAUUCACUGGUUGUCUCUGUCUUAAUUGAAAGGAAAAAAACUAAAACCUGCAGACACUAGAUCCUCCAUGGAAGGAGUUUGACACCACUGAGCUAGAGGAUAGAGAUCCUAUUUAGGAGAGAAAGCAAAUCAUCAUUGAAAAACAUUACUAUUAAUGUGUUUAUUUAUUCAAUGAAUAAAAAUGGAUUCAACAGUAAGUCUACCUCAUAGGACGUUAUUCACAUUUGCGUUUGAUAUAAAGAACAUGCACACGCCAACAUGCCAAAACUUGUGCCUGCCAGAAGAACAUCCUGUCUAGUAGGCGCGUGCGUUUUGUUUUCCACUUCGCCUGUGCGUUGUCGACCGCUGUCAAUCAACGCAGGGGAAUGCGGCGGAAGUGCGCCACACAAACAUAUGUCCCAUGACUGCGCGUCGUAGGUGGUGGAGGGGGGGGUUUCGCUGGGUCUUUUCUGAAGGUGGGCGGUUUUCCCAACAGUGUGACUGCAAUCACCGGCUGAUUCACUCCUAAGCUCCCCAUUUCACCGACCAUGAAGAUCUGGACAUCGGAACAUAUUUUCAACCAUCCUUGGGACACAGUCACCAAGGCUGCGAUGCAGAAGUACCCCAACCCCAUGAACCCCAGUGUGUUUGGGGUGGAUGUGUUGGACCGUAGUGUGGACACACGGGGACGCCUGCACAGCAACCGGCUGCUGAGCGCUGAGUGGGGUCUGCCUUCCAUCGUCAAGUCGAUCAUUGGCAGAACACAGACGUGCACUUACAUCCAGGAGCAUUCUGUAGUGGACCCCAUUGAAAAGACAUUCGAGCUUCAAUCUUCAAACAUCACAUUCACUAACAUGGUGUCAGUGGAUGAGAAGCUUACAUACAGACCACAUCCUGAUGACGCAGAGAAGACGAUAUUGACUCAAGAAGCUCUCAUCUCAGUCAAAGGGGUUAGUCUGAGUAGCUACCUGGAGGGAGUUAUGGCUAGCACCAUCUCUGCAAACGCAGGGAAGGGUCGUGAGGCGAUGGAGUGGGUGAUCAGGAAGCUAAAUGCAGAGAUCGAAGAGCUGGCAGCUGCCGCCCGCGGCACCAUAAGGCCUCCCAUGGCUGCUGCUAUGACUUCAGAGAAAUGAUACCUCUAAGUUCCCAGCGACCAGCCUGGAGACAUUGUUCUUCUCCUGCGUCAGAACAGACUCCACCUCCCUUUAGACUGGUCUGAUUCUCAUCAACUGGACAGGAAUCACAUCUACAAGUUUGAUUACAAUUCAAGUACUGUAUUUAUUGUUAUUAUUUAAGUACUAACUGAAAUUAAGGGAACAACGGUAAUCCUAGUAUAUAUAUUUUUUUAAACAUUUUAUAGGCGAGGAGCAUCUCAAACGCCGUGUCUGUUGGAGUAGAAUUAAAAUAUUCUCAGUUGCUCUGUGCCCAAGUUUGAGACUAGAGCAGGUCAUGUUAUCAGCAUGCAGUAGUACUAUAGCCUCAGGGACCGUGUCAAAUAUAGAGGAAGGUUCAGCGAGUAACAACUUGGUUCUGCACCGAUCUUGUUGGACUGUGCUAGCCUGAUGCCAGAGUUGGCAAGAGAGCACAAACCGAUCUGGGACCAGGCUAAGACCGGAUCAGAGGUUAUUGAAUAAAUCCUGGGGAUGCAAUCACCUAUAACAGACAGAACAAGAACAGUUUCAACAUGCUGCAUUUUAAUACCACCUUCCCUGCGUAAAGCUGCAUCUAAAUUAAGCAUGGUAAGGCGUGGUUGGAGUUUUUCAUACUUCACAGUGACAUAUAUUUAUUGAGUGAAAUCACUGACAAGGGCAGGAGUAAAAUGUGACUUUGGGAAGAAGAAACGGAUAAGAAAUGUACGAUUCCUCACUAAAUAUUACUAAUGGAUUGUUCUUCGGUGCCUCAGAAGUCUGACCCUCUGCCAGUACAAAAUGUCUGUGUUCUUAGAGUGUUAUGACCCCAACACUGAAUACAUUUUAGCGCACAUACUGUACAGAAGAGAGGGGUCAUGCUCCAGGCCCUCCAGUAAUAUUCUGCAUUCUCUCCCAAGAGUGAAACUAAGUAUUUAAAUAUAAAAUAAGUGUUUUGGUUAAAUGUUCUGUACUGCUAUAGCCUCCAGUCUGUUAUGGAAAUGUCUGCUAUGUUUGACGUAUGGAGAGAAUAUAUUAUUUAUUUGAUGUAUAUAGAGAGAUGAAUGUGUUUUUAAUUUGGUUGUAAACAAUGGUACUUACAGCCUGGGAUGUCCAGUAUAUAUUCUAGAUCAUAACCCUGAGGAGAUCAAAUGCCUCUGCUACCAACUCUUAAGGGACGGUUUCCUGUACGCAGAUCAAGCUUAACACUGGACUAUUGAUAUAUUGUGUUUUUAAUCCAGGACUAGGUGUAAUCUGUGCAAACCUGACCAGAAUGUUUUGUCUUGUGUCUAUGGUGAAAGAUGCUACAGUCAGUUUCGUGUGAUGUGUGCAUUCCAAAAACCAUGCCAGUUUGCAUUCUAAAAACCAUGCCAGUUUGCAUUCUAAAAACCAUGCCAGUUUGCAUUCUAAAAACCAUGCCAGUUUGCAUUCUCAAUACAAUUGUGUUAUGGUGCCAGAGUCAGUUCUAAUAUGCUUUAAAGUGGUAAUGUCAAAUAUUCCUGGUUUGUUAAUGACUUCUGACAUGACCUGAUGUUAGAACAAAGGGACAUGUUGCUUGUUCUAACAUGUAAGGAGGAAUUUUGUGGGUGUUUUUAAAAAAUAUAUUUAUUUUUUUACCCAUAUUUAGAAUAAAAGAACUUUAACUCUACACCUGCACAACAAUAAAACUCAGUUGGUGCUGAAGUCAUAAUGGAUUAAAAUGCUUCUGUAAACUCAAGUUCCAAAUGGUCAAACAGAAAUGAAGACCAGGCAUGUUGGUUUACGUGAAAUAAAUAAAAGUCCUCUAAAAUAU